GUUUGUGUACAUUUGUGAUUUGAUCUGUAAAGUCUUAGAGAGGAAGAUAAGAUUUUUUUUGUAAAAUGACAAAUAAAUCUAAAAAUGUGCUGGUGAUGCAGUAGGGAUUGUGACAAGCAUGAACCAGUUGAAGGAACUGCAUGGUGAAGUCUUACUUGGAUUAAACAUUACGGCAACAUGGGUUGAUGAGGAAUUAUGCGAGCGAGGAGUCUCAAGGGCUCGGCGGCUUUCAAGCAAUUCCGAUUGUUCCUUCACCUCACCAAGAAGGACACCUAUUGGCACACCUAACGGACAUGGUCACAGGUCUUCGGUUGGGUCGGUGGGGUUCUUUGCACCUAGAUAUCCUCAGUCACGCCCCGAUGUCAGUCCGUCUAAGAUACCAGGUUUGCCUCUUACUUCGCCAACUCAUAGCCAAGGGAGUGGGAAAUCUGAUGCAGAUGACGUUGCCAGUGUCGAAGUUGAACAAGAUGCAGUAGAGGAGAAUUUGGAAGACCAGGAUGUGACGAAGAGUGAUUGUAAGACAAUCUUUAUUGGAAAUGUCAGCUUCCGUGCAACUCGGUUUGACUUGACCAAGUUCUUCAGCAAAUUUGGUGAUGUGAUGAAAUGUUACAUUGUGGAGGAUCACAGGACGCGGAAGUCGAAAGGGAUUGCAUUCCUAACAUUUGCCAGCGAAGAAGUUGUGAGAAGAAUACUCAGUGCCACUCAAGAUGAAUUGUACUUUCAGCAUCGAUAUCUUCGAGUGCACCUAGCGGAGGAGAAAAAGCGUGAGAGGGUUGCCAAGCAGCUGGAUCCAGUUACGAUCAAACUCUCAUCACCAGAAAUGGUCGAGGCCGAAAUAUGUGGCGACUCCCCCAUCAUGGUCCUCAAUGAUGAUACACUGCUGGCAAUCUUCUCUUAUCUCUCUGUCCGCGAUAAGAUAAUGAUUGAAAGAGUGUGUAAAAGAUGGAAUUCUGUUCUGAUUCGAUCCUGGGUGGCUCAAGACCAUUUACACCUGAGAAACCUAGUGCAGCAGUGGUUCAGUGGCAUAACUGACCAGAACCUCAAGAGUCUACUUGUCCGUUGUCCUAAUUUAAAGUCGAUAGAUCUGUCUAGUAAAUGUCGCCACCUUACUGAUUGGUCCCUCGAAAUGAUAGCCCAACAUUGUCCAAAGUUGAUGAAAUUAGAUUUGUCUGGUGUGGCAGUCACGAAUAACUCCUUGAAGACGCUUUCAACUAAGUGCACAAGUUUACAGUGGAUCAAACUCAGCCGUUGCUUCGAUGCAGGCGAAAAGGGCUUGUGGUGGCUUUUCAAAAACUGUGGAGAUCUGACUUAUGUUAAUUUGGAGGAGGAUUCGAAGGUUACUGGCAAUUGUUUUCAUGUUAUGGGGACAAAGGUGAAGAAGUUAGUACUUAACAGAUGUGGUAAGCUUGACGAUGUAGCAUUUGAGAAGUUGAGCAAAAAGUGUGCUUAUGAGCUGGAGGAGAUGCAGAUCAGUGAGUGCAAUAGUGUGACAGACACCGGAUUCAAAACAUUCGCUGAAGGUUUGCCAAACCUAAAGAUUUUACAUGCAUCUGCGAUGUACAAAGUCACGGCUUUUGGACUUUCAAAACUUGGACAACUAAAAAAUCUGACCCAUUUGUACCUGUCUCAUAAUACUGGUGUCAGUGAUAGUGUUCUCUAUAGAAUAAGUCAGGGAUGCUCAGAGAUUAGACUUCUUGAACUGAUCGGUUGUCAUCAAGUGACAGAUGCCGGGAUGCAAUGCGUGUCUAGCUUGACGAAACUCGAGUCGUUGAACAUAAGCUACCUGCACCAAAUCAAGGACGUGUCAUUAGAACUCCUUGCGAUUAACUGUGAUCUUAAAACCCUGGCACUUCAAGCCUGCUCAGAUAUUUCUAAUGACGGUCUCUGUGCAAUAGCGUCUGGGUGCCAUUCAUUAACUGAUUUAGACAUCAGUGGAUGUAUACAAAUCAGCAACCGUACUCUGGGAGCGUUUCUUGAUGCCACCAAGGAUAAGGAACACCCGAAAUUAAGCCUAACAAUAGGAGGUACAGUGAUUGACCCCAGUCUAGUCAGUGUCCAUGACAAUAUUGAUAUCCAUUAUGAAAACCUGUCCAAGAAUUUCCUCAGGGCAGACAGGGCUCUUGUUCUUCCUGUUGCUGAUGAGUUUAGUGACCAGGAAGGAGCAGAGCAAGAAGAGGGUGCAAGCGUAGAUGGUGAUGAUCACGAGAUUGAUAAUAAUGCUGAAUUUAUGGCGGCUGGUAUGGAGGAUCACUUAGAUGGGUAUGAGGGGGAUUACGUUGGUUCAUUUGACGAUUUUGGUAUCGACGAUGACGCAGAGAACUACAUGGAUGGUGAUGACCCAAUGUUUGAGGAGCGAUUUGAUAUAUCCUAAAUAUCCCACCAAAAAACUGUUGUACCCUGUUUUAUUUGCCAGCUAACUGGCAUGCGAGUAAUUUUGUCCUUCAAUAUUACUGAGAACAUCAGAAUUGGGGACACAUAAUUGAAAAGGAUUGAUACAUGUAUUUAGAUAUGCAAUAGCAAAUGAUUUUAAAAUUGAUAUGUGUAAUUGUAACUCCCUUGAGUCUACCAAGGAUGCUUAUUAUCACCUCACCUGACUGAUUCUUUCCAUCUGCGUCAUUUUGUUUUUGGACUUGUCAGGAAAUCUAUCAACAUGAACAAAGUUUCUUUUAGAUUACAGUUUUCAUUUGUAUAUGGAUUGUUACUAUUGUAAUUCAUUGCUGUAUGUAAUGUUUAUGUAACCUGCAUUUAUGAUAUUUUAGUUUUUUACAUUAUUGCCAAUCUACAUUAUAACCAAACAGUAAUCAUGAUUACAUGUGCAUUGUAUUUAUCCAGAAGAGCAGUUCCUUUUUCAUUGUUUUAGAAUAACCAAUAAUACAUUAUUUUAUUUCAUUGGGGCUAAAAAGUGGUUACAUGUACAUGUAUGUGCAUUAUAUCAGUAGGGGUUAGAGAUUUUUGAAAAUUUGCAUAUAAUUUAUAAUAGCAUACAUUUGCUUCAAAAAAGAAAUUUUCAGGUUUCUCAGCUAUGCAUGAAAACUAUCAGGAACAGAAGAUUUGAUGAAUUCCAGGUGGUGUUUUUCGAAAACCGUCCGCCCGCAAACGAUUUGCAGGUGGUUUCACACGGCUGGAGCACAGACGUAAACAAAGGGUUUUCGUUUCUGCCGACAAACUUGUUGGCAUGACUGUAUUUUGUACAAUCCAUCUUUGAAUCGCUGAGAAGUGUACCUGGGAUGAGGCUGGAAGUUAGGUUGCACGUGCGCACUGUGACAUAUGCAUCUUGCACCACCUGGUUUGAUUCUUAUCUUAUUCAUGUUAACAGUCCUGUCAGUCUAUUCGCUGGUGUAAUUGUUCUUUUCAUGUCGGUUGCAGACCCAGAAAAAUACAUGUAAUUUGUAUUUUUGAGUUCUACACCGUAUCUUAGAAUGAACGCACUUGGCCUUAAAGUGUUCAUGAACAGACAUUAGCAUAUGUUAGGAUGAUUGUAUGUGAAUAUGUAUAGCAUAUACUGUCUCCUAGUACAAAUCAUGUUGUUGAAAGAACGUAGAUUUAGAAUUCGUUUCGCAUGGAUGCUGUGAGAAAACUUAUUGUAGAUACUAUAUUGUUGUUAAAGCUGUUGAAAAUACUGUGUCGAUGUGUUUAAGUGGGUUGAAGUACAUCUUUUACACAUAGGCGUAUGACUGGUAAAAUGGCCUUUUGUGCAGGCGGCCCUCAACUGGCUUAAACUUGUCAACACAGUAUAGAAGUUGAUGUGUAUGAUAUGAAUAAAGGAAAGCAUUUUUAUGA